AUGUCCAAUAAAUCCACGGAAGGCGCAAUAAACUCCGGGAAAAAAUCAUCAGGGGUUGAGGCCCUGAUGUUCAUGAGCUCUUCUCUGGUGCCGUCUCAUCAGUUUGAGCUGGUGACGCUGAGCGAUCAGCUGAUCUGUGCUGCUGACAACAAGGAGGCGCUGCUGAGUCACCUGGUCCACAUUCUGAAGGUGAUUCUCCCGGGAGGCGUGACCUAUGCGGAGGUGGGUGGGGCUUCUGCCGUCAGUAAGGUGUGCGUUGUGGAAGUGGGCGGAGCCUCCAGUCACUCUGACGCCUGGUUGUUGCUGUGGGAGGACGGCGUCAGUGUUCACCCAGUACACCGACACUCCCAGCAGCCUCUGAGGGUGGAUCUGAGUGCGCUCAGUCACUACGAGAUGGAUCCAUCUGAAAACAUCAUCACCGUGGUGACGGCCGACAGGAGCGUGUCGCUGCGUUUUGAGGAGCGCCGCAGCUGUCGGUCCUGGUUCGACCACCUGCAGAGAGCCCUGUCCAAUCAGAGAGCGGCUCCACAGCGUCCUCCCGCCCCGCGUCCUCCCGCCCCCCGUCCCCCUGCAGCCAAUCAGUGCUCGGCGCGUCAGUCUCUGUACCCGGUGAUCGAUGUGGACUCCAGGGGGGCGGUCCCGCCGGCGGUGGAACGAUGCGUCUCUCACAUCACGGCCCACGGUCUGAAGGUGGAGGGCGUGUACCGGCGCUGUGGUCUUGCUGCCAAAGUUAACCGAUUGGUGGAGGCCCUGAUGACCUCACCUGGCUCCGCCCCUCUAGAGAGCGAUGAGCAGGGAGUGUUGGACGCAGGCUCCGCCCUCAAACAAUAUGUCCGCCAGCAGGACAGUCUGGUCCCCGACAGAGACCAACAGCAGUGGGUUCACGCAGCAGGUCAGUACAUGAGGACAACGUGUGAGGACAAGAACUGCAGAGUGACUGGACUGAGGACAGGAGGGACUGAGGACAGGACGGACUGAGGACAG